CUUUUCAUUUAGAAUGAAUUUAGUUGAAUUGGUUUAGUUUUUUUCUGUUUAUGUGAUUACCUUAUUUUUAUCUCAAUUAUUUUAAUUUGUGUCUAUUAAUUAGUUUUAAUUACCGUUAAAUUCAUGGUUACCUUUUGGUUAAUCUUAAAGUGAAGACAAAACAAAAUGGUUAAACUCCACCGAUGGACUGUGAUGGUUACAAAAUGACUCCGCCUGUAGUAUUGAUGCUUAGCUGAUGCUCUUUGCUACCUAAGCUCCUUUUUCCUCUUCAUCUUUUUUUCUUUUCUUUUCUUUUUUUUCUCACUAAUUAGAAUUGUUUUUUUUUCUCCUCUCACUAUUCUAUCUAAAACUUUGUUCUAUUCUUCUAAUUGGUUUAAUAUCUCCCUCUGUGUGUAUUUCUAUCUGCUCUUCUCUGUCUCUGUCUUUGCCUUCUCUCUCUCUCUCUCUUUCUGUCCAUGUUGUGUAUCAACCAUUUUUUGUGUAUUGGAAGAUCUCACUGUUGUUUCUAAAGAGCGACCAGAAAUAAUGAUGAUGACUACCUAAAAACAACCCAAGCCGUUAAGACACCAAUCAUUUAGGAUUUGUGUAUAUUUGGCUUAUAUAAACCAAGCUUUUUUCUUAUUAGCUUGGAAAGUUUUUUUUCUUUUUCUUUUCUCUCUCUCUCUCUCUCUCUCUCUCUAUCUUCGUUUAUUUGUUAUCUUCUCUCAUCAUCAUCAUCACCAUCAUCAUCGGCUCUUUUACCUCAGUUUUCCUUUUUCUCCCUUUUGUAAUAUGUCAAACGAUAGAUUUGUCCUCCAAGUCUAUGUUGGAGCUUUCAGCCGUUUAUAUGAGGCCUUGUCCAUUGAAGCAAGUAAACAAACAACCACCGAGGAGAUAAUUGAAUGUAUAGCUGAAAAAUUAAGUCUACGAGAUGCCAAUAGUUAUGAGCUUGCGGAAGUUAUUCUUGGCCAUGAGGGUGAAGAUUGUAAAGAGCGUCGUAUAGGACCAAGUGAAUGUCCAGUUGCUCUUCAAUUACUUUGGCCUCUUAAUCCAAAGUGUAACAAUAAUCAAGGUAUACCCAAAGAUGGUAAAAAUAAGGACAUUUUUUCCGGUUUCAUUGGACCUGAAUACAGAUUUUGCCUUCGACGGAAACUUAUACAACAAUGUAUGAACUGGUCUUUCUCAUGGACCGAUUCAAAUGACUCACAACUUUUGAAGGAUUAUUUUCUUCGAUUUUUGUAUCAACCAAGGGACAGGGAGUAUCCAGAUUUGUGCCAAUUACCCGAUUUAACUGAGCAAACUUUAUUGGAAAAUCUUAAGGCUAGAUUUGAAAAAGGCCAUAUUUAUACCUAUGUUGGAUCGAUAUUAAUUGCCGUCAACCCUUUUAAAUUUUAUCCUAUUUAUAACCCUAAAUAUGUUCAACUUUAUCAAAAUCGCCGUCUUGGUGAUUUACCACCCCACAUAUUUGCCAUUGCGGAUGCCGCCUAUCAGGCAAUGCUUCGUAAAAGAUGUAACCAAUGUAUUGUGAUAUCUGGUGAAAGUGGAUCCGGUAAAACAGAAAGCACCAAUCUCCUUUUACAUCAUUUAACUGCUCUUAGUCAGAAAGGCAGCCAUGGUAGCGGUGUUGAGCAAACCAUUCUCGGUGCUGGUCCAGUCUUGGAAGCUUUUGGUAACGCCAAGACAAAGCAUAAUAACAAUUCAAGUCGAUUUGGUAAAUUUAUCCAAGUUAAUUACAAAGAGAAUGGUAUGGUUCACGGAGCCGUUGUAUUAAAGUAUCUCCUAGAAAAGUCAAGAAUAGUUUCACAAGCCAAAAAUGAGAGAAACUAUCAUGUAUUUUAUUACCUAUUAGCUGGUGCAGAUUCAGCUGAUAAGGAGGCUUUUUACCUUACAAAAGCAUCGGAUUAUUUUUAUCUCAAUCAAAGUAAAUGUUACACCUUGGAAGGUGUUGAUGAAGCUUAUGAGUUUAGUCGUCUUAAACAGUCCCUUGAAAUGGUUGGAUUUUCAAGGGAGAAACAACGUCGUCUUUACGCCGUUCUCUCAGCUGUUCUUCAUUUGGGAAACGUUGAGUUUACCAAAAAAUCAACCUACCAUAGUGAUGAAACAGUGAUGGUUCAAAAUGUUGAAGCCGUUUCAACAAUAUCUAAAUUAUUAAUGGUCAAAGAGGAGACACUUUUAUCCGCAUUAACCUGUAAAAGGACCAAAGCAGCCAAAGGGGAGACAAUUAUAAUUAACUAUAAAAUGGCGGAUGCAGUUGCCACCCGAGAUGCCAUGGCAAAGUGUUUAUAUGGUGCACUAUUUGAUUGGAUUGUGAUGCAAGUAAAUCAAUCACUUUUAUCAAAGAAAGAAGCUCGUGAUCAUCGUGGUAAUUAUAUUGGUGUAUUGGAUAUUUUUGGUUUCGAGGAUUUUGGUGAUCAAAAUUAUUUUGAACAAUUUUGCAUUAAUUUUGCCAAUGAACAUCUUCACCAUUAUUUUAAUCAGCACGUUUUCAAAUAUGAACAAGAAGAAUAUCGGAGAGAGGGUAUUAAUUGGAAGAGUAUUGAUUUCCAUGAUAAUGUGGGCUGUCUUAAUCUAAUUGAAGGUCGCCCUCAAGGGUUACUUUGUUUACUUGAUGAUCAGUGUAACUUUCCUGGAGCAUCAAAUUCAACGGUAUUACAAAAGUUUGUUAAUCAUCAUCAAAAUAAUCCAUUAUUUGAAGUGCCUCCUUGCCGUCAGAGUGCAUUUGUGAUUAAACAUUAUGCUGGAAAAGUGAAAUACCAAAUUAAGGAUUUUCGUGAAAAAAAUAUGGACCUAAUGAGGCCCGACAUCGUUUGCCUAUUAAAGUCUAGUACCUCAGCGUUUGUCCGAGAAUUGGUUGGUUCUGACCCAUUGGCCAUUUUCCGUUGGCAAAUAUUAAAGGCUUUCUUUAAAUCAUAUUUUGUUUUCACCAAAUUAAGGGAACAAUCAAAACAACGUAAAGUAGUUCAACGAAAACCAAUAACGAAAUCGACUAAAUUAACAAAACCAUCGAGUUUCAAAAGUAAUCGUAAUGGUAUCGAAAAGAGUAUCAAAAGUUUACAAACUUUAAAACUAAUUGUGGGUAAAACAAAUUAUUUACCUCCAUUGGGACGAACAGGUCGUAAGCAAACACCUACUGUGACCGCACAGUUUCAACAAUCGUUAAAUCAACUAAUGGAAACACUUAACCAGGCCAAUCCUUUUUUCGUUCGUUGUAUUAAAUCAAAUGCCGACAAGAUACCUUACCAUUUUGACGAUAUGCUGGUCUUGGUACAGUUACGUUAUACUGGGAUGCUGGAAACGGUCACAAUCCGUCAAUCAGGUUACUCUGUUCGUCUCUCUUUUGAUGAAUUUAUCACUCAUUACCGGAUAUUGUUACCAAAAGGAUUACUUAGUUCACAAGCGGAUGUAAGACAUUUUCUUGAACGUAUGAAUCUCAAUAGGGAUAAUUAUCAAAUAGGGAAGACAAAAAUUUUCAUGCGGGAAAGUGAGAAACUUGCUCUAGAUGAUAUGCUCCAUCAAGAGAUAUUAAGGCGUAUUAUUGUCCUACAACGAUGGGUUCGAACAUGGAUAACCCGGAAACGUUUCCAGCAAAUGAGACAAGCAUCAGUUGUCCUUCAAACUCACGUACGCCGUUGGCUUGCCCAGCAAAGAUUAAAUCAACUUAAAUGGAUUGCCCACCUUGAACAUCUUGCGGCCACAAUAAUCCAACGGAAUUGGAGGUGUUAUCAUGCAAGACAAUGUUUCUUAAAGUUACGUCGAGCCACAGUUAUGUUUCAAAGUUAUGCUCGAGGAUUUAUCACCCGUAGGAAAUACAAUUCAGACUAUUUGGAUCAGCGAGGAAGGAAAAAUAGUAAUAGUCAAUCUCACUCGUAUUCUCAUUCACAUGGAAUUUCAUCUUCUCUUUAUGGAUCAGGAGGUCAAGAUAGUCAUUCAUCGCAUUCGGAUGAAGCCUUCUUGUCAAAAGGCUCCAGUCAAGAGGAACUUGAAGUUGAUCGAUCCAUGACAAUUAAUUCUCAUCAACAUCGAUAUCUUUCUCAUUUAUCAUCAUCAUCAUCAUCAUCGAUGGCGAGACAUCCAUCGACCGGGAAAAGUCUUGCCAAGAAACAACAUUCAAAAGAUUCAGAGGAUAGUUCAGGUAUCCAUGAAGACUCCGAGCCAGAAAGUUUCCAUGUCGGUGAAAAUAGUUAUUUACCUUCAAUGACAAACACCAAAAGUAGUAAUAAUACCAAUACAACAAAGACCACCGGUAAUAUCAGAAAUCGUAGCUCAGGUGAUGAACCACCACCUCCAUUACCACCACGUAGACAACCACCAUUACCAUUGACAAUUCCUUCUUCAACAACGGAACAUCGUACUUAUGCUGAGCGACCUCAUCAUUUUCUAUCCUCCUCUUACAAUAGUUCAUUGAUAACCUCAUCUCAACAACCCUCAUCUCUUCCACCAGUACCUACAUCAAUGAGUCAAUUUUCACCCCACCUUUCAGGAUCAUCGCCACCACAAUCAUUACAACCAAUUGUUUCACCUUCAUCGACCACCUCUCCAACAACACCACCCUCACCACAACCUCUUAAAUCGUUACAACCUAAUCAAAUACCUUUACCCAGCGAUAAAUAUAAUUUACCUUCACCAACUGAAGAUCUUGACGAUAAACCUCGCCUUGAUAGAAGACGAAGUCGACCUUUCCGUAAAGUUUCACUUAAACGAUCAAAAUCCAAUAAAAGUCCAACCAGUCCAAUUGCAUCAGAGACCAUCGGAGGUCACGAAAAGGUUGCCAAAACGCCAUCCGAAGCGGAUAUAACAAUCGUUAAGAAACCAAUUAAAGAAAUGAUUUCAGAACCUUGUAUUCCCACCUCACCAUCCAAGAUUCAUCCACCGGAUUCAUUUUUAUCUUCAUCGGAAAGCGGAAGUACCACCGGUACAAGAGAUCAAAAGGGAGCAUUUCAAAAGGCAAAGAAACACAUUCGAACCUUUAUCAUCGGCAGUAGUUCAAGUAAAACAGAGAAAAAGUCUAAAGCAGAGGGAGCAAGUCACUCAUGGGAACCUGAGAAUCAAUCAUCACUAUAUCCACCCGAAGAGAGCCAUAAUAAUCAAAUAAUACUUUCUAGUCAAAUAAAAUCCAAGAAGUCAAAACCUUCGCCACUUUAUUCAUCUCUGUUGCCAACCAGUAUCUUAACAUCAUCGACAACUUCAACUCCAUCACCACCAACAACCGCUACUCCAUCAUCAACAUGCUCAACCAAUACACCCUCCAGUGAGCCUUUAUCAGGACCUCAUUUUAGCUCAAUCACUCGACAUAAUUUGAAAAGUGCUCUCUCUUUUCAAAAAAGUGAUAUUUGUGCUCUCUGUGAAAAAGCAAUGCUACAAGGAUUAUCAUCAACCCUUCAGAAACAACAAAACCACCAUCAACAGAAACAACAACAGAAACAACAACAACAACAACAUCAAAAGCAACAAACGGGUAAUAGUGGUUUUCGCUGUGGUGAAUGCUCCCUUCUCUUUCAUACAACUUGCCUCUCCAAUGCCAAUUCAGUUCCAUGUAUCGAUAAAAGUAAAUUAGCUCUUUUUUCAUCUUCCAAAAUCACUGUGGCUCAUAAUCCAUCUCGUCCACCUCGAAAUAAAACUCGCGGCAAAGGAUCUAAAAACUAUGGUGAUCCAGGUAAAGAGAAUCUCUCUCUUUCACCUAAACAUGAUUCAAUGUCAAUUUCAACUGGAUCCUCUGUGAGUGGAAGUGGUAACACCAAUGGAGGAGGAUCAAAUUCAUCAUCCUCUUGGAAUGUCACUCGAACAACAGAAUUCAUCGAUCCAAAGGAUAUCCUUAUAACUGACGUAACUGAACUUCAUUAUAUGGAAAUUUUCAUAAAUAAUAAAAUCAUGGCCAUGGAAGAAUCUAAGAAAAAUUGUUCUAAAGAGUCAAUGGUUGACGUAGUCUUCAAAAUUGCUCUGAAAGAGUUUAAAUCUAACCUUUUAUCAACCUAUUCGGUGGCCGCAGCCCAAGAUGGUCAGCUUCAUAUCGCUUAUAAAAAUUUGAUUGACCAUUUUGGUCAAGUUAUUAUGAACGUUUGCCAAAAAGAAAAUACCUGGAAAUCAUUUCCAGUUAUCAUGGGUGUAAAUGCAUUCCGAGGUUUUCUAGAUGAGUUUCGUAAUUUGGGUGCAAAAGUGCCACCCGAAGACGCUAAACAAAAAUCUAAACGACGAAAACGUGGUAACAAUGGUGGUGGAAACAAUAUUGGCGGUGGUAAUAAUAAUAACUCAAAUAAAAAGAAAGAAUCUCGAGAAGAGUUUAUUAUCAAAUGUGAUCAUAAGUUUAUCUCAAUGAUGGCCAAUAUACCAACGGUGUGUGAAGUUUGCUCCACCCUUAUGUGGUUAACGGAAAAAAUUUGGGUCUGUCAAGGGUGUAAAUUUACCUGUCAUAAAAAGUGUACCUCAAAGGUGACCGUUUCCUGUCGGGAUAAGACUCUCCUUCAACAGGGUAAAAAGUUAUUCGGUGCUCCUUUGGAAAGAUUGGUUUCUGAUGAGAUUAGGAUACCAACGAUAUUGGAAAAUUUGAUAACUGCCAUUGAAUUACGUGGCCUGUACACUGAGGGUAUUUACCGAAAAUCGGGAACAACGUCAAAAAUAAACGAGCUUAAGGCAAAAUUAGAGGAAAACAUUGAAAGUGUUGACCUGGAUUCUUAUUCGGUUCACGUUUUAACCGCUGUAUUAAAAUCAUUUUUCCGAGAAAUGGCCAACCCUUUAAUGACCUAUCAACUUUACGAUGAUUUCCUUUGGACAACUGCAAUUUCCGAUCCAGCAGAACGAAUUCAAGCAAUUUACUCUCACAUAGCUAAGCUUCCCCGUGCCAAUUACGAUGUAUUGGAGAGACUUUUCUUCCACUUGGCCAGGGUGGCCCAACAAGAAGCUGCUAACCGUAUGAAUGCUAACAGUUUGGCGAUUGUUUUUGCACCCUGUAUAUUAAGAACCGAUAAAUUAAUGCAAAUGCAAGAUAAACUUAGUGACAUUAGUAAGCAAACAAUAUGUAUUGAGACAAUUAUCAAUGAUCGAUUGAAGCAAGUCAAAGAUACCUUGGCGGACAUUGAAAUGUUGGACAGCGUUUAUCAUACAACCUCUUCUCGGCUUAGCUCAUUAAAAAUGUCAAAGUCUCAACUUAAUCGUGAUAAUGCAAUCCAAGCUAGUCGAAGCUCUCAGCAGGACGAAGAAGAAGUUCUCACUCAACAAAUUGACCAUCUACGAAAUGAAAAAGCUCAUCUUACCAAUAUUUUACCAACAUUUAACUUGGUCUCUGCUGGAUCCGAUGAAGACUUACUCAGCACAGGAACGGAACUUGAAAGCUCCCUUGGAACUAGUUUGGAUGAAGUUAGUCUUUAUUCAAAUGCUAAAACGCCAACCAGUUUAAGGAGCAACCAGAAUUGUGAUUUACCAUCUUUACCAUCCAUUCAACAAUCCGUUAAUCUUAAUCAUCUAACCAAAAGCCGAGUUUCUCAAGCUCCUCAGAAUAGGCGAUUACCGUCAAGAUUUUCUAAGCCCAUUCGUGGAGGACCUUUACCGCGAUUAGGAAGAUCACCUGUGCGACGACGAAGGGACCAAACAAAAGAUUCUCAACGUGAAGGAAUGAGAGUUUAUCGAAAUGACGAUAACUCUGUUCGUGUUUAAAAAAAAUCCCCUGAAGGAGACAAAAGUUGAAAUCAAACUGCUUUUACACUUUCUAUCCUCAUUCUAAUCUUCCCCGAACUGUUAUUAAAUUAAUCAUAGUUAAAACAGAACCAAAUGUCAUCGAGAUAAUACAAGCCGACAAAACAUGGAUUAUAAUUAAUCUCAACCGAUUCCUUCCAUAGAAAAGCCAUCCAACAAUAACCUACUAAAUUCUGAUACCCAAUAUAAGAGAUAUUUAUAAUUAACCAAUACGAAAUCAAAAUGAUCUAAAAAAAUGCAACCAAUUAACACUAAUCCACAAUAGGACAUGAAGAUUCAUUACCAAAAUCAAUUUACAGUACCAACCAGUUACAUUAUUAUCUCAUUAGGCCUAAGCUGUUGAUCCAUACAUCGAUUAAGGCCACACGAUAUAAAACUCACUCUCACUCUGCUCAGAUAAAUAAUAUGAUCAUCACUGUCAGAUGAUUACUCGCCCAUUUAGUUUCAUAUUUUUUUACUCUGUCACAAAAGCCAUUCAACUGAAAAGUACUUUGUUUUGUAUCUAAAUUAACACUAAACCAAUUCAAGUCCUCCAUCGAUCUACUUACAGCUCAUCCGAUAAACAACAACGAUAAUAAUCAACAAUCAAGCAAGAAAACAACAAAAAUAUACAUGGAUUGAUCUCGACUUUGGAAAAUUGCUGUUAACCAUUUAGUUUUAUAGCCUCUUGUUAUUUUCUUGUUGAUUAACUGAUCAUCUCAAGCAAAGUGGGUUGAUUAUCUUCAUCAUCUCAAUACCUCUUAAUCUUAAAUCACCACCACCACCACCAAUACCUGACUUUGCAAGGACCAAUAUCAAGGCGGAAAAUUAAAGCAUUUGAUUCAAUUGAUUUAUCAUCAUCUCUUUGUUUCCAUAAAGUCUUGAAACAUCAUCUUUAAAGCUCAUCUUCAUCUUCUAAACUUUUCAUUUCUCUUUCGUUAAUUUAGUGAAUCUAUUGUCAAUCUCGGCCAUUUUUCAUUCUCAUCUCAAAUUUCAUUCUUUUUUUGUAAUUCCACCUAAAAUUUGCUCUCUCACUUUCUCAUCCUCUUUCUCCCUUUUGUAUGCUUAGUUUCUCUGUUUACUUUUUCUCAUCUUUCCUUCAUCUUCUCUGUAUUUUCCUUUUGUGUCUCCCUCUCUUCCCUUUUCAUCAUCACAAUCUUCAGUAUCUCUAUUUCAAAUGUGACACUUGAGGAAAAUGCAACCGACCAGAGACUGAAUCAACUUUUCGGACACUGGUCAAGAUAUACAACAAAGUGCAAGACGCUUAUGGUAAAAAACUAUAAAUAUAUAAAAAUGAUAAUAUUAAAUUGGGAAGCAUCUUCAUCACCAAGCCUUACACCUUUCAUCAUCUUCACCACCACCACAAGACCCACAAAAUAGACACAAGCACCAAGCUGCUUAAUUAGUAGUUUAUUUUAUUAUGUGAUCAUUACAAUUAACCGUUUUUUUGAUUGAUCUGAUUUUGUUAGAAUUGAUUAUUUAACUUAUCAUAUUCAAGAAAACAGUAUAUUCAAAUUGUUGUUGUUUAUGAACCUUUAAAAUGUAAUUUGAGAUUAUAUUUUGUCAACAAUUAACGUAAUCCAACAACAGGAAUCACCAUGAAAAACAACAACAAUUAACUUGAAAACAAAAACCAAUCAAUAUUAUUAAUAAUGUAAUUUAAAUUUGCAAGUCGCCAGCAACAAUUUAAAAAUCAUGUUUAAAUAUUUAAACUUAAACUUUGGCCAAUUAAAAUUAUAUUUAAUUAUUUA